AUGGGCGUCAACAUCUCCAGACCCAAGCUUGCCAGCCAAUACGAUCGCCCUCCUCCCAAAUACGAGGAGUCUCUUGAGCACGAGAAGAGCGACCUGAAAGCUCAUAUAGGAGACGCAUGCUCCUGGCCGAAGUCCGUGGAUGGUUCCAUUAGAAUUGCGAACCUGGAAUCAUGGGAGGAUUCGACGUCAUCCCCAGUCCACACUCUGGCGCGCACCGUCCUGUCCCGUACCGACCUCUCAGCACUCCAGCGCCGCGAAGCUCACGUAAUUGACACUCAUGUUUUCAAUACUGAGAUUGAUUUCAAGACUGGUCCCAUUGCGAACCAAAAGCAAAGUGGGCGUUGUUGGCUUUUCGCUAGUACCAACGUGUUGAGGUACAGCGUCAUGCGCAAGUUGAACUUGAGCGAGUUCGAGCUCUCCCAGAAUCACCUUUUCUUCUUCGACAAGCUUGAGAAAGCGAACUACUAUCUUGAGCUUACAAUUGAGCAUGCUGAUCUAGAAACAUCCUCUCGCCUGCUCAGCCAUCUUUCAACCGACCUUGUUUCCGACGGUGGUCAGUGGGACAUGGCCGUGAACCUCUGGGAAACGUAUGGAUGCGUCCCCCAGACCGUCUACCCCGAGUCAUACCACUCGGGCCUCUCCGCUCCAUUAAAUGCGCUUGUCAAAACGAAAGUACGGGAACACGCUUUGAUCUUGCGUAACCUUUCGAAGAGCCUCCGCUUACAAAACAAUACGGACGAAGCGGUUACGGCGAUGCUCAGGGGGAAGAAAGAGGAACUUAUGGCCGAGACCUACAGGAUUAUGACCGCUCUUCUUGGCGUCCCUCCUCAUCCCAACAAACCUUUCGAGUGGUCGUAUUACGAUAAGAAUGGAAAGGCCGGUACUUGGACUGGAACCCCACUCGAGUUCUACAGGACUUUCGUUGGGAAGCAGCCGGCAUCAAGCUUUUCCAUCAUAAACGACCCCCGGAACGAGUACUCAAAGCUUUACACCGUCUCCAAGCUUGGUAACAUUUGGGGUGGUCGCCCCGUCUUAUACGUCAACACCGAGGCGAACAUUAUGAAAGAUAUUGUUGUCAAAAUGCUCAAGUCCGGCGAACCCGUCUUCUUCGGCUGUGAUGUCAUGAAGUUUGAAGACCGCUAUGAUGGCAUUUUGGAUCUGGACCUCUUCGACUACAACGUCGCUUUCGAUAUCACCCUCAACUUGAAAAAGGCAGAACGUCUCGAAAUGGGAGACUCUUCCAUGACGCAUGCGAUGGUCUUCACUGGUGUUCACCUCGACAAUGACGGUAAAAUUGUCAAGUUCAAGGUCGAGAAUGCGUGGGGUACGGCGAUCGGCGAUAAAGGUUGGUUUAUGAUGACCAGUGCAUGGUUUGAUCAAUACGUUUACCAAAUAGUCGUUCCACGAGCACACGCGCCCAAGGACCUCAUCCAAGUUCUUGACAAUGGGAAUCCAAAAGUGCUCGAUCCUUGGGACCCAAUGGGUGCUUUGGCCUAA